AUGUUCGUCCUGCGAAAUGUCAGCAAACUCAUCUUCGGCGCCGGCGGCCAAGAGUCUAUGAUCGAGCUCCCCCAGGGCCAACUCUACCUCGUCCGACCCCUCUCGCCCAAGGGCUACUCCGAGCUCAUCUUCAAGGAUUCUUCUGCUCGCAUCCGGAGAACCGGUCAGGAUUUCCAGUACCAGUUAGUCGUCCAGCGAGUCUUCGAGGAGGGCGAGGCCGAGCUUCUAGCCGAGGAAGAAGGAGAGGACGCCGAGAUUGACGCCCUUGCGUCCGACCGUGACGAAAAGACAUUUCUCCUCGACGAGGCCAUCCACUUCCGUGUCAGGAACAGAGAAACCUCGACCGAGAAGGUUCUCUGCUGGAAGGACCUAAGCGGUGACGCGGGUGACGUUUACGAGUUUGUGUGCGACCCAGCGGCUGGUGGCCAGCAGAUCGACCAGUUUGAGCUCGUGGCAAAGCAGUGCCAGUACGAACGAAAGUACCGCAAGCCUUUCACGACCGCUUCCGACGAAGACUUGCAGCAGUUCGAGUUCGACGAGCAGCCCAUACCCCAAGCGAGUCCUCUCCACAGCCCUACCCUGGGCCGAUCCAUCGACUCUGUCGACCAGAUGUCUCUGAACAAGCGCCCGACUACUACCAAUAUUGGCGUCAAGAGGGGGAAACAACCGGUCGAGGAGGAGGAACACACCGAGACGCCUCCAAAGGCACGAAGCACCGCUCCUCCCAAGUUCGAGGCUGCACCAGAGGCGAGUGAGCUGCUGACUGCCGAGACCGCUGAGCUCCACUUCUUUGACUUCCCUUCUGGAGCCUUUGUUCUGCAAGAUGCCUCUGUUACCGCAACAGUGACUGAGAUUGGAAACUGGCGAUACUGGCUCAAUGUGGAGGGCAAGGAUCGCAGCUGGCUUGGCAUUCCUGUCGUUGCCGAUAUCAACCCGGUGUUCAACUUCGAAUUCCUGUCCUUCAUUUUCAACCAGUUCUCUGACGAUGGCUCUGCCUACUCGUGGCUACUGCGAUUUAAGGAUCAAGCGCAACUGGAACGCUUCCAGGAGGGCCUGCUUCGCGCACUCUGGGAGCAGCUAAACGAGAUCAAGUGGACGAAGGUGAAGGAGACAGAGCGUGACUACGUCACGGACGCCUUUGCAGAUCUCGCCAUGGAGGAUGCCGAAGCUCAGGAUGCCGAGCCUGAGGAGGCGCAUACCGAGGAGGAAGAAGAGGAGGAGGAGGAGGAGGAUGACAGUCCUCGAAGCGAACACUACGACAGCGACGAGGACGAGGACGACGUUGCAGUGAGGCCAAGUGACAAAGAGACCAACAAGGCUAUCGCUGUUGGCUACAAGCAUGACCGGUCGUUUGUUGUCCGCGGCUCCAAGAUCGGUGUCUUCAAGCAUACUCCCAACAACAAGCUGGAGUUCAGCACCAACAUCUCCAAGGUUGAGACACCCGGUGGCAAGCUCUUCACGCCCAAGAAGGUGAUGCUGCACAACGAGGACAACAAUAUGAUCUUGCAAAAUGACACCGACCCUAACAAGCUGUACCGCAUGGACCUCGAGUACGGCAAGGUCGUUGACGAGUGGAAGAUCCACGACGACAUCGAUGCCAUCACGUUUGCUCCGGAGAACAAGUUCGCCCAGAUGACAUCCGAGCCGACCUUCCUCGGUAUCAGCCGCAACGCACUGUACCGUGUCGACCCCCGAUUGUCAGGCAACAAGCUCGUUGACUCGCAGCUCAAGCAAUAUGUCUCCAAGAACGACUUCUCAUCCGUCGCGACUACCGAGAAGGGCCAUAUUGCCGUGGCCUCGAACAAGGGCGACAUCCGACUGUUUGACCGACUAGGCAUUAAUGCCAAGACACACAUCCCCGCCCUCGGUGAGCCCAUCAUCGGCCUUGACGUCUCCGCUGACGGUCGCUGGGUACUGGCAACGUGCCGCACAUACCUUCUCCUCAUCGACGCGCAGCAGAAGUCAGGCAAGAAUGAGGGCAGGCUCGGUUUUGAGAAAUCCUUCGCAGCCGACUCAAAACCGCAACCGCGCCGUCUGGCCCUGACUCCGGAGCACGUUGCCCAGUUCGCCUACGAGACCGGCAAGGGGAUUUCAUUCACGCCUGCCAAGUUCAACGCUGGCCAGAACUCGUCGGAGACCUCUAUCAUCUCGGCCACGGGACCCUAUGUGAUCGAGUGGAACCUCAAGAGUACCCUGAGGGGACAGAAGGCGCCGUACAAGAUCAAGCGUUACGCGGACACCGUGAAGGCGGACGACUUCCGAUUCGGAAGCGACAGCAACGUCAUCUACGCGCUACCGAACGAGGUCAACAUGCUCCAGAAGGAGAAGCUGAAGCGGCCCACUCGCGAGAGUAUCGCCGGCCCCAGCACCAGGCGCAGCGCGGGCGCGUAUGCCACACCUAGGAGGGGUGGCCCCGUGGAUCGGCUGAAGAAGGAGGACAUUGUCAACUCGCCAUACUAA